AUGCUGUUCAACUCACUCGUUACGUUGACAGCCCUUGUCAGCCUCGUUCAGGCAUCACCCCAAUAUGGUGGAUACGGCGGAUACGGACAGCCUGCCCGCACUGUCACUACCACCAAAACCCAGGUCUCCACUGUCAGCCUUCCCGGAAAGACUUCUACUGUCAAGCUUCCUGGAAAGACUUCAACGGUCAGCCUCCCCGGGAAGACAGUAACAACCCAGGGCUACUGCGCUGUCAAGACCUUGACGCUCCCCGGCCGCCCGGUCACCGUGUCGCUCCCUGGUUUCUCCGUUACCAAGACGAUCACCACUCAGGCCACAUGUUCGCCUAUCACAAAGACUGUCCCUGGCGUUGAUGCCACGAUUACGUCCACUCAGACGCUGCCUGUCGUGACAGCUACUAUCCCUGGUGCCAACUUUACAAUCACGUCUACUGUUGCUGGCGCCAACACUACAGUAACUUCGACGCUGCCUGCCGUCACCACAACCAAGACGCUGCCUGUAGUCAUCACAACCGAGACGCUGCCUGCCGUCACCACAACCGAGACGCUGCCUGCCGUCACCACAACCGAGACGCUGCCUGCCGUCACCACAACCGAGACCUCAACUACCUCAGUCAACGGACCUUGCCCAACAAACCAACUUCCUGCUGAGACAGUUACCUCAACAAAGACUAUCUUUUCGGUGACUUCAACCUUGACGCUGCCUGCGACAACCACAACCGAGACGCUGCCUGGAUCAACGAUUACGGUCAAUGAAAUCUCGACUGUGACACUGCCUGCAGUGACCAAGACCGAGACACUGCCUGCGUUGACUAUUACCUCGACGUCGACUACUCCAGUCGUAGUACCCGGCCCCACGACAACACAAUUCCAGAGCGUGACCGUGACUUCGACUUCAGUGCGUGUAGUAACUGUAACUUUGGUUCUCGGCUAA